CUUCCAUCCAUCAUGAGCUCCCUCCGCAUUGCCCGGGCCGCCCUCCGCGCAAGGCCUGCCGCUAUCUCGCGCCCCAUCCUGCGAAGGGGCUACGCCGACGUCGCCUCGGACAAGAUCAAGCUCUCCCUCGCUCUUCCGCACCAGUCUAUCUACAAGUCGCAGGAUGUCGUUCAGGUCAAUCUUCCCGCAGAAACCGGCGAGAUGGGUGUCCUGGCGAACCACGUCCCAUCCAUCGAACAAUUGAAGCCUGGCUUGGUUGAGAUCAUUGAGGAAAGCGGUGGCAGCAAGCAGUUCUUCCUUUCGGGGGGAUUUGCUGUUGUCCAGCCUGGCUCGCAACUCAGCAUCAACGCUGUUGAGGCUUACCCGCUGGAGGACUUCAGCUCAGAGGCUGUCAGGAAUCAAAUCGGGGAGGCUCAGAAGAUUGCCGGCGGAAGUGGCAGCGAGCAGGAUAUUGCUGAGGCUAAGAUCGAACUCGAGGUCCUCGAGAGCCUGCAGGCGGCAAUGAAGUAACUGUGUACAUAGCUUUCCUUGGGCAUUUUAUCGCGUGGUGUGUACAGUAUCAGGUGCGGACGGGUGCUUUCCUUCCGCGUGCAAAACAUAGAAGGUGCUCGAGAUAAGCAUAACAUUCCAUCCUUGGCCCCGUCCUUUUCUUCUCUCUUCUCCUACACCUGGAUUGAGUGCACUCAAAUCCACCAACGGCGCUACCGCUCACGUCUUAUUUCCAUUCCUAA